AUGAGGAAAAACCAUAACUGUUUCUUUUUUAUAAAUGUUCUAACGUUGACCCUUUUAAUAUGGAUAUGUAGAGAUAAUGAUGAAUAUAACUAUUGUAAACUUUUGGAUAGCAUACACAACAUAAAUAACUCACUCUACAUAAGAGCUAACCGAUCACUAUGUCUAGCAGAUGUAUAUGCUCAACAAGAUUAUAAACCUUUGAAAUUAGGUUUCCAAAAAUACUUUAAAGAAUCUCAGCAUAUUUAUGAACAGCCAUCUGAUGGAAGACAGUUUGAUGAUAUUUUUGAGGAUAAACUUGAAUUAUUAAAAAAGUAUUAUAGUAUUCAAAAUAAACCUUAUUUAAUGAAACAUGAUAAUAAUUUAGAAAAUAGGUGUAAAAAAGAAAAAUAUGACGAUGAAUUUGAAAAACAAUCUAAAGGAUUAAAGCAUAAUAAUAAUUCUGAAAAAACACACUCGCCAUUAGAAGAUUUUUGGAAUUUUGAAAAACGAGACGAUCCAUUAAGAGUUCAUGACAUUUCUAAAAAACAGUACAAUAUAUCAGAAGAUUAUGAUACUGUAAAGAAAAUAUAUGAUGCAUUACAGGAAUAUAACAAAUUUGAAGAACAAGACAAUUCAUUUUAUUCACAUAAUGAUAUUGACAACAUGUAUGAUAAAUUAAAAUAUGAUGAAACAGCUCAAAAAUUAUUUAAUGUUUUAAAAGCUGACUAUAAUUUUGAAAAUUCACUUGAUAAAUUAAAUUAUGAUGAUAUUACUAAAACAAUAAAUAAUUUAUUAAAGUAUGAUAAUUCUAAUCAAAAAUCAAGAAAUAACUUAAAAUAUAAUGAUAAUAAUAGUAAUACAGAUUAUGAAAAAAUAUUAAAAGGAAAAAAACUUAACUUGAAGAAAUAUAAAUUUCGUAAUAUAUCUUUUUUAUCCAAGAUAUACAGACUUUUAAAAAGAAUAGAUGCAAUAUAUGAAACAGAAAUAUUAAAAUCAUUGGAACUUAAUUCUUACAGUCAAUACAAGCUUAUUGGACGUAGAAAAAAAAAUAAUAAAUUAAGACGAAUUAUCAAGAAUAUUAAAAUUUUAUCUCCAGUUAUAUCAAUGGUUCCCAUUGUAGGAAUAUUUUUAGCUCUUAAAUUAAGUGCUGCUGCUAUUGCGUUUUAUGUCAUGAGUUUUUUUGUAAUAAUAUAUUUCCUCUAUAAAUAUAGAAAAUGCAUCCGUUGGAGGAAAAUUUCCCGAUCGUGUGAAAAGGAUCAAGCAUUUAUUAAACACCAUAAUAUAGAAAAAAAUCCUGCAAAACCUAUAAAUUUCUUGUAA